UGCCCUAGGGUUUAGGCGCUUUCGCGUGCCCGGGCAGCUAUGGAGGUCUGAGAGAGCCGCUCGCGCAGCUCCAAUCCGGUGUGGGAAAUGGGAAGCAAUCUAUCGCACGCUGCCGCGCCGCCGCCUCCGCCAGUUGCGACGCCGGACAAGAUUUCGCCGCAGCCCCCAGCAGCUCCCCCGGCCAAGGAGGAUGAGAAGCCAGAUGCUAAGGUCGACUACUUCAAUCUCCCGUGCCCUGUCAAGUAUGAGGAAAUCCAGCGGGAGGUGUCCAUGGCUCUGAAGCCAGAUCUCUUCGAGGGCCUAAGAUUCGAUUUCAACAGGCCAUUGAAUGAGGUGUUCUCUCUGAGCCACAGUGUCUUGAUGGGAUCCAUAGAAGUUCCACAGCAAUCCCCGCAAAUCGUCAAAGUUCCCAGCGCGCACUAUGAAUUUGGUGCGAACUUCUUGAGCCCGCGGCUUUUUCUUGUAGGACGAGUUUUAACGGAUGGAAGGCUGAAUGCCCGUGUGAAAGCCGACUUCACGGAAAACUUCUCCAUGAGGCUGAACGCCCAGUUAACCAACGAGCCACACUUUUCACAGGGAAUGUUCCAGUUCGACUACAAGGGCAAAGACUACCAAACGCAGUUCCAGUUUGGCAACAGAGCAUUUUAUGGAGCAAAUUAUAUACAGAGCAUCACUCCUAGCUUAGCUCUCGGCGGUGAGGUGUUUUGGGUUGGUCACCAAAGAAAAUCUGGUCUUGGACUUGCUGCGCGCUACAGCAACGAUAAAGUGAUUGCCACUGGUCAAGUUGCGACUACGGGAAUGGUGUCAUUAACUUAUGUUCAAAGGGUGUCGCAAAAGGUGAACUUAGCGACGGAUUUUCUAUAUAACGCGCUCACGAAGGAAGCCAUAACAAGCAUUGGCUACGACUACAUUUUGCGACAGAGUCGUGUGAGAGGCAGGCUCGACACGAACGGCUGCGUGGCCGCUUUCUUGGAGGAAAGACUCAACGUCGGCGUUACGUUUCUCCUGUCGGCGGAGAUUGAUCACUGGAAGAAAGACUACAAGUUUGGUUUCGGGUUGACGGUUGGGGAGUGACAGAGAUUCUUUUUUCUUUCUCGGACAAGUUUGAGUCUUUAAAACCAGGGAGUGGCCCGUCCGCCAGAUUUUGAAGAGCGUCCCGCAAGUACGCUUCCUUCUUCUGCUAGCUUAGUGUAAGCAAUUCAAUUCCUCGUUCCUUUCC